UGCCUUUCAAUACAUUCCUAUAUUUGCUAUAAUGGAGGCGAUCAGCGAUAACCUUCGCCGUGCUCAAGAAGCAAUUGCUAGGGCACGCUUGCUAAGCACGCAGCUUUCCAGCUUGUGCAUCCAAGGAAGUGCUUCACAUCCCUCUGUUCACCCGAGUCAGUCAGAAGAAUGUAACCUGACUACAACAGAACCCGCAUCCCCUAGCCCGGAGGUUGGUCCGGACCCUCAGCAACCUGCAGUGGAGGAGCCAGGGCAGCGAUGCCAGAUCUACGAGGAUGUCGCGGAGGAGGAAACGAGCGUGUCUGGCCGAGAAACAGAUACCGCUCUAGCCGCUCUCAACGGCCCGGUCCGCGUCGUCGCACAACAGCUAGCCUCGCUGCAGCGCAAGCAGAACGAGACCCUCCGGCAGCUCCUAGUCCUUCGUAUGCAGCAAUUAAAGCUCCGGCAGCAGCAGCUGACGGCCCUGCAGGAGCUGCUGACGGCUGAGAUGGCGGUGAUCGAGGGCACACCUCUGCAGGUGUCUGCGGUGGAGCAGGCGGUGGGGCUGCUGUCGCAGUCUCUACGCGACAUGAAGGCCGCCUCGCGCGCCAUGCUGUUCAGCAAGCCGGAGGACGUGCAGUCCAUCUCAGCAGCCGUGUCGGCCACGGAUACGCGGGCAGACGAGGUGUCGCGCAUGGCCAGACAACUGCUUGGGGUACUGCGGGCCUUCCCACGGCGAGGGGGCCAGCUGCAGGAACAUGACGCCGUGCCAGGUGCGUGUUCGAGCGCAAUCGCAAGCAUCCCGGUCAUUACAUGCGAGGAGUCGUCUC